UCCGGGGAACGAUCCUCGUCUACAUGAACCACGUGACGAUAACCGUUUUUGGACUUCCGUGUCGUAACUCUUCUAUUAUACGGCUCUGACAAGGACUAUAGCCUACGCCAUCUUUUACAUUUGUAUUUUUUGUUGGUAAAACGUAAUGUCUAUGAGAUAGAUAGUCAUGCGUUACGAUGCUCGCAGUGUUUGUUGUCCUCGGGUGUGUGUCCUUCUUGGCACAAGGGCUCUGCUGUCGUCCUAAAGAAUAUUCUACAAGAGCUGAGCAAUGUUGUCCUAUGUGCAGCGAAGGAACCAUUGUUCAGAGAGACUGCACGUCACACUCAGGCACACGCUGCAGCCGCUGUAAAAACGGGACUUUUAUGAACCAUCCCAACGGACUGGAUAAAUGUUUCACAUGCACCUCCUGUGACUCAGGCCACGGUCUCUUUGUCCUGCAUGUCUGUUCAGAAACAACUGACGCAGUCUGUGAAGUUAUAGAUGGGUAUUUCUGCAAACAUUUAGAUGUUACAGGAUGCAGUGUGGCACAAAAGCAUACACAAUGUGUACCUGGUCAGAGGAUAAAAGAACCUGGAACCAGCAGAGAGGAUGCACAGUGUGAACCCUGUCCGUCUGGCUUCUUUUCAGAGCAUGGUGUGAAUUGCACGGACUGGACAGCGUGCUCAGGAACCCAGGCAACGCUGAGAGAAGGAAGCAGUAUCACCGAUGUUGUCUGUGGAGAUUCUUCAAGAAAGCAUUACAUGUUGAUACUAUCAGGAUCAUUAUUAUUUGUAUCAUUAGUUGCUCUUGGGAUCAAAGUUAUAAAAAAAAUGUAAGUUGAGCUCUGCAAAUGAGCAAACACCAUAAAAUACACAGCCUGCUUUUUGUUCAUUUUAAAUGUUGCUAACAUCUGACCAAAUAUUCCAUAUGUUGAUAAAAACAUAUUUUCUUAAUGUGUUUUAUGUAGUAUUAUUCACAAACAAUCUUUGUAUAUUUUUACAACAGUGUUUUGUCUUUUGAUUGCCCUCAUAAUGUUUCUUAAAUAAAUUUGUACUGCU